AUGACUGAUAAUACUACAAAUGAAUCAGUUCAUGGUUGUCGUUCAAAUACAGAACGAGUUAUAACUGAUGAUGAAUAUGCAUGUUUAUAUUCUCCAGAAAAACAAGAUCGUCAACAAGUAUCAUUAUUUAAACAAAAUCAAUAUGAUAAAAAUGCUCAAAAAUAUUGGGAUCAAUUUUAUAAACGAAAUACAAAUAAUUUUUUUAAAGAUCGUCAUUGGACAUUAAGAGAAUUUAAUAUAAAUAUAAAUGAAACAAUGAAAUUAUUUGAAGUUGGUUGUGGUGUAGGUAAUUUUCUAUUUCCAUUACUUGAUGAAAUACCAAAUUUAUUUAUAUAUGCAUGUGAUUUUUCAUCAACUGCUAUUGAACUUCUUCGUCAAAAUUCAAAUUAUGAUUCACAACGUAUACAAUCAUUUAUUUGUGAUUUAACU